GCAGGUCGGACUUGCAAGUCCGAUCUCGCGUAUAUAGUCCUCUUAUUGCCCGAGCAAUGCGAUCCCAGAAGAGUAUAGUACGACAUGGUCAAACAUUUACCACCUGCAGUUAAGCAUCUUUUGACUCUCCGUAACCCGGAAGCUUGGCCAAGCCCCUCUCUUGGAAAACUUCAUAACGUGUUCAACCGUACCCUGAACGAGGCAAAACAACGAAACGCUGAAAACGGAUGGCUCGUCCUCUCGACAUGCACACUCCUUACCACUAACAGACCGUCUUCUGUUGGCCACUUGUAUCGGUUCGCUACCAGGAGUGAUCCAAACUCGCUCGAAUCGCGAAAGAGCCUUACGGAGGUCGUGUACAAGGCUGCCCUCAUGCGGGAAGCCGCACUAAAGAGCGUCAUCUUCGUUGGUGUACCUCGAACGAUUCUCUCCUUGACGGGGCUAAAGGACGCACUCGAAGAAGACGUCUACGCCGCGUUACGGAAAAACUCUAUCAGGGAAGCAACUCCGCAGACCAUCGAGGCGACUGUCGCAAGGGGUCAAACACUGUGGAAUUCGAUUUACCAGCCUCAUGCAGUGAAGCUGUAUAAUAAAUUGGGGGACCUUCAUCCUGAUUUCAUCAAGUUUAUCAUUCAGGCCUACGGUACGGUCCUGUCUCCCUUGCCACGAGGGGACUUGGAGCAAGGAAACCUCACCCGCGCUCUUGGAUCGGUGGUCGGCAUUGCUACUCUCCGAGCCGAGGGCAGAGUCGGACCUCAGCUAAUCAGCCACGUUUUCGGUCUUCUCAAGGCCCGCAACGAGGAGAACUUGAAUGACGAAGACAAAUAUCUAUCAAGCGAUGAAGGCACCGAAUGGGUCGUACGUACAAUAGAUGAGAUUGUCGACGCCGUUACAUCAGAAGAAGCGUCCUUGGCAAAGGGGAAAUUGUAGAUAAUACGAAUCAUACGAUACAGCGUCAUUUAGACUCAGAUUGUAUGAAAUCAAAUGACGGUCUGAUUAUGGCGGCUUAGCGCAA